CAGGCGCCAGCCUUCUGCUCGCUGCCGUGAGCGGCGCGGGGCACGCACCCUCCCCGGGGCGGCGGCGGGGAAGGCGCUGCCCGCGCCCGCGGGGCCCCCUCGUAGGCGGCGGCGGCUCCGCGCGGCGGAUGCGCGUGCAUGAGCUCUGCACCGAGCGGGCGCAGGAAGCGCCCCCGCCCCGCCGCCUCCAUCUUCCCGGGCAGCGGGACCUCACCGCGCGGCCGCGACGGGGAACGGCGGGGCAGCGGCUCUGAGGGCGCCUGCCAGAGCCAGCGGGCCCUGGACGACUGCAAGACGCUCGUCCAGGAUUUCAAUACCCAAGUGGCCCUGUACCGGGAGCUGGUGAUUUCCAUUGGGGAUGUCUCUGUCACCUGCCCGUCUCUGCAUGCAGAAAUGCACAAAACUCGGACACGGGGAUGUGAGAUGGCCUAUCAGGCUCAUCAGAAGCUAGCGGCGAUUUCUGGCCCAGAAGAUGGUGAAAUUCAUCCUGAAAUCUGUAGACUAUAUAUCCAGUUGCAAUGUUGCUUAGAAAUGUACACAACAGAAAUGCUCAAGUCCAUAUGUCUGCUAGGAUCCCUGCAGUUUCAUCGGAAAGGAAAAGAGCUUUGUGCCCCACCAAAGAUCUUGGACAUUAAAGUGGAGGAGAGCUCCGAAGUACCUAUUUUAGAAGACACAUUGUCAUCACCUACAGAUAUUCAACAGCAUCUAUGGCAGGUUUCCACAGACAUUGAAAACACUGAGAGAGACAUGAGAGAAAUGAAAAACCUUUUAAGUAAACUCAGGGAGACUAUGCCUUUACCACUGAAAAAUCAAGAUGAUAGCAGCCUCCUAAACUUGACCCCUUACCCAUUAGUAAGAAGACGUAAGCGAAGAUUCUUUGGACUGUGUUGUCUUGUCUCAAGUUAGAAGAUUAAAUACAGGAACACCAAGAAAAUCAAACAUUGAUGAAACCAUCGUCAUUUCACCUGUGAAAGGAACAUUACUACUCUUGAUUGUAAAGUAUGUUUUCUAUGCUGGCCUGUUCUUUUUCUCAGCUGCUCCAUCCUCCUUUUCAACAUAAGAGUUUUAAAGCUUAAAGUUACAGUGGCCAAGAACCAGCUGCAGAGUAGAUCUAGCAUAACUAAGAGUGCUUUUAAAACUUCUAAAAGUAUGUUUUGCAUGCUUACUUUCAACCACUCAGAGAAAAGACAUACGGAUUAUGGUUAAUAGAUUAUUUUUAAGUUGCUAUUGUUUGAACUACAGCUGAAAGUUUGUGCAUAGUACAGUAUUCUUAUUAGUAUCAUAAUGAAAUACUUGAUCAUAUUCUAACAGUCUUUAAGCAUAGAAAAAUGUUUAACAGCAGAAGUACUGAAGUUCUAAAAUAUUUAAACACUAUCAUAAUAGAAUUUGCACAAAAUCUCCUGUUGCUUUUUGUGCUCUCAUUCGUAUUUAGUCUUCCACUGUAUCUCAAUUUAAAAGCUUCAUAGAAAAAUAUCUUAAUUUAUGAUACACAAAACAUAUAUGAAAAUAUUUAGAACUUGUAAAUACAGAGAAAUCAUACAAUCUAUAUACUGUACAAUACAUAGGAAUAAGAAAUUUCCUUCUAAGCCAAUCGUAUCUCUAAAAGCUUUUGAAAAAAAAUAAUAGUUUAUUGAAGCGAAAUAAACAAUGUAAAACACAACACUAACCCAUUCUGUUUCCAAUAGAAUUUAAAGCAUGGUAUCUGCACAUCACUAAGUAUUAACUCUUACAGGGCAUGCCAGAAUUAUCUCAGACUGUAAGAUACUAAACGUUUUACAUUGUUAAUAAAGUUUUUUAUUUAAAUUAAA